AUGGCGUCUCUUUAUACACGUCAGACCCUUGUCAUCCCAGCCAGCGUCCCGGGGCAAAAUGAAGCUUCGGUCCGACACAAUCUCCCCACACCGUUGAGGCUGUCGGCGCAUGAUUACCGCAUCCGUGACGCAGAUGAAGCUGGGUUUACGAUAAUUCUCACGCACGGGACAUCGUUCAAUAGACAUUUCUGGAAAUUGAUCAUCGAUUUGCUUCUAGCUCAACCGGAAUUACGGUCUAGAGUCAAGAGAUUGAUUGCGAUUGAUGCUGCAAACCAUGGCGACAGUGCCGUGUUGAACAAGGACGUCCUCCCACCAAAAGCAUUUUGGCCCGACGACUCUCGCGAUAUCCUCCAUACGCUGAAAUAUUUCGAUGUUGAACAGCCUGUAAUCGGCAUUGGACACUCAUUUGGAGGGGGAGCCAUGUGCCAUGCAGCCAUGAUGGAGCCUGAAGCAUUUUUGGCGACCAUCUUUAUCGAACCUAUUUUAUUCCAGAUGAAAGAUCAGACCGAGGCCGUCGCACGAAUGACUAUGAGGCGCCGGGACACGUGGAAUUCCAAGGAGGAUCUCACCGCAGCAUUUCAGAAGAGUGCAAGUCUCCAAGACUGGGAUAAGCGACAGCUGCAGGUAUACAUUGAACACGGGACGUUUCCAAUUGACGGGAGUGCUACGUCGCCAAGGAUGCUCAAAACACCAAAGGCUCAAGAAGCGGCACGCCACGUAUAUUGCCGCACCAUAUGCGGAGAUUCUUGGGCUGAUAGGCCAAUCUCGAGGGCGCCACCACUUCGUCUGGGGCUCCGAGAAUCUGUUCCGGACCGAGAAUCGGUUGCGCGAAUCAUCCGGGCCCCCUCAACGACGCAGGUCCUGUCGGGAGCUGGUCACCUGGUGCCAAUGACUCACCCAGAGGCCUUGACGUCUAUUCUUGAUGGCCUUCUCCGAGACAUCCCACUGCCUCGCCGGUCUUCACAGGCAAAGCUUUGA